AUGACUCUCGCGGAGGAGUUCAGAUCGAGAAACUUCAGUAUAUACGGCCAAUGGGCCGGCAUAGUCUGCGUAGUGCUAUGCUUUGCCCUAGGAAUCGCCAACAUCUUCAACUUUCACUGGGUCAUUGUAUUCAGUGUGAUAUGUCUUGUCUGUUCAUUCAUCAUCAUCUUCAUCGAAGUCCCCUUCCUCCUCCGAAUCUGCCCAACCUCGCCCAAAUUCGACCAAUUCAUACGACGAUUCGAGACGAACUACAUGCGCGCCGCCAUCUACGGAAUCAUGAGCGUCAUACAAUGGCUGAGCAUCAUCGCGAAAGUGACGAGUCUGAUAGCCGCGGCAGUGGUGCUACUACUGGCCGCAUUAUGCUAUGCGCUCGCUGCAGUCAAGGGACAAGAGUUCCAAUCGAGCAAAACUCUCGGUGGACAGGGUGUUGCACAGAUGAUUGUCUAG